AUGACCAAAAAUCGGUCCAAGUCAAAAUUUAAAAAAUCAAAAGAUGAUAAAAGUAAAAAAAUCAAAGUUUCCAAGAAUUUAGUCAAGAACGUAAAUCAUGAUAAUGAUAGUAAAGAUUCUGUAAAAAAGAUACACAAAAUCAAGGUAAAACCAGAUAAAGUAAAGAAAAUAGAUUUUGAAAAUGUAAAUAUUAAAAAAUUCCAGACGUUGGAGGAAUAUAAGUUGUACAUAUCACAGAUUUGCACCCGAGCUAUAACAUACCCAGAAACUGAUUUAAAUAAUGUAAACCUUCUUUUUAACGUUAUUGAAAAGAAAGGUGGAGGACCAGAUAACCUACUUGAAUACGUCAAAAAUUUAUCCAUACUCUCUUUGGUUUCAGUAGUUUGUCACCUCCUGCCUCGUGUAAGCCACGAACUAAGUGAAGUUAAUUUAGAGGUAGUAAAGAGGACUGAAACAGCACACUCAGCCAAUGUUAUAGCCCAAGAAAGGGAAAUAACAAAUAAAACUAUCGAAAUUAGGGAUAAACUGAUAGCACUUAUAAAGAACAAUUUGAACUAUGACCCAGAUUUUUUCGUUCCACUAAUUUCAAAACUGGUUGAAGCUGAUAACAGAGUAUCAGACGAACUUUUAACACUGUGCCUGAAGUAUUCUAAGGUUUCAGAAUCUUCCCUCCAGUCCAUUAACUCGUUAUUUACCUACGGCUCAAUUGUUGAUAUUCACAGAUAUCUAAAAUUUAUGUUAAAGUCAUCACACAUUAAUUACAAGGUUAUUCGGAUUAUUAACGAAAUACAAAUUAACAAGAAACACCACGAAUUUUUACUCUCCGAAGGCUCUUUAAAGAACGAAAAGGCCUCCAAAUCAAAAUCAAACAAGGAGGACAAGUACAAAAAUGAGAUUUUGAGUGGUAUUAUCACAUUUUAUACAAAGUAUUUGGAAUAUUUAAAAUAUUAA